UGAAUCACCUCCUCCUGCUGCCGCCGCCACCUUUCCAUUCAGCAGCCCAACAUGGCUGGAGCGCUGCGGAGGUGAGCCGGCCGCCCCCUGCUGCCGCAGCCUCCUGCGUCCGAGCGCCGCGACUGCGGCGGCGCCUCAGCCCCACGGUGCACAGCGAGGCCCAGGGCCCGGCCGCCGCCCGCCGCCAGCAUGUGGGGCGCCGCGGACGAGAGCUCCGUACGGGUGGCUGUCAGAAUAAGACCACAGCUUGCCAAAGAAAAAAUUGAAGGAUGCCAUAUUUGCACAUCAGUCACACCAGGGGAACCUCAGGUCUUCCUAGGGAAAGAUAAGGCUUUUACAUUUGAUUUUGUGUUUGACAUCGACUCCCAGCAAGAACAGAUCUACACUCAAUGUAUCGAGAAACUAAUUGAAGGGUGUUUUGAAGGAUACAAUGCUACAGUUUUUGCUUAUGGACAGACUGGAGCUGGCAAAACAUACACAAUGGGAACAGGAUUUGAUGUUAACAUUGUUGAAGAAGAUCAAGGGAUUAUUUCUCGUGCUGUUAAACACCUUUUCAAGAGUAUUGAAGAAAAAAAACACACAGCAAUUAAAAAUGGGCUUCCUCCUCCAGAUUUUAAAGUGAAUGCCCAAUUCUUAGAGUUGUAUAAUGAAGAAGUUCUUGACUUAUUUGAUACCACUCGUGAUAUUGAUGCAAAAAAUAAAAAAUCAAAUAUAAGAAUUCAUGAAGAUUCAACUGGAGGAAUUUAUACUGUGGGAGUCACAACACGUACUGUGAAUACAGAAUCAGAGAUGAUGCAGUGUUUGAAGCUAGGUGCUUUAUCCCGCACCACAGCCAGCACACAGAUGAAUGUCCAGAGCUCUCGUUCACAUGCCAUUUUUACCAUUCACGUGUGUCAGACCAGAGUGUGUCCCCAAGUAGAUGCUGAAAAUGCAACUGAUAAUAAGAUGGUUUCUGAAGCAUCACAGAUGAAUGAAUUUGAAACUCUGACUGCAAAGUUCCAUUUUGUUGAUCUGGCAGGAUCAGAAAGACUGAAGCGAACUGGAGCUACAGGAGAGAGGGCAAAAGAAGGCAUAUCCAUCAAUUGUGGUCUUUUGGCACUUGGCAAUGUAAUAAGUGCAUUGGGUGACAAGAGCAAGAAGGCCACCCAUGUCCCCUACAGAGAUUCCAAACUGACAAGGCUCCUGCAGGACUCCCUUGGGGGCAAUAGCCAAACGAUUAUGAUAGCAUGUGUCAGCCCUUCAGACAGAGAUUUUAUGGAAACGUUGAAUACUCUGAAAUAUGCCAAUCGAGCUAGAAACAUCAAGAACAAGGUCAUGGUCAAUCAAGACAGAGCUAGUCAACAAAUCAAUGCACUCCGUAGUGAGAUCACACGACUUCAGAUGGAGCUCAUGGAGUACAAAACAGGUAAAAGAAUAAUUGAUGAGGAGGGUGUGGAAAGCAUCAAUGACAUGUUUCAUGAGAAUGCUAUGCUACAGACUGAAAAUAACAACCUGCGUGUAAGAAUAAAAGCCAUGCAAGAGACGGUUGAUGCUUUGAGGAGUAGAAUCACACAGCUUGUGAGUGACCAGGCUAACCAAGUUCUUGCCAGGGCAGGUGAAGGGAAUGAGGAGAUUAGUAAUAUGAUUCAUAGUUAUAUCAAAGAAAUUGAAGAUCUCAGGGCAAAAUUAUUAGAAAGUGAAGCAGUGAAUGAGAACCUUCGGAAGAACUUGACAAGAGCCACAGCAAGAUCACCAUACUUCAGUGGGUCAUCAACUUUCUCUCCUACUAUACUAUCGUCUGACAAAGAAACUAUUGAAAUUAUAGAUUUAGCUAAGAAAGAUUUAGAGAAGCUGAAAAGGAAAGAAAAGAAGAAGAAAAAAAGGUUGGCCACCAACUAUCAAGCUGAUUUAGCAACAUAUACCUGUGAAAUUGCAAUUAACAAAAAGCUAAUUGAUGAACUAGAAAAUAGCCAGAAGAGACAGACACUGAAAAGGCAGUAUGAAGAAAGCUCAAUGGAUGCACAGCAUAAAAUUCGGGACACUCAGCUUGAAAGAGACCAGGUGCUCCAAAACUUAAUAUCCUUUGGGUCAUUUAGGCUCGUGGAAUCUUACUCAGAAGAAAAGGCAAAAAAAAUUAAGUCUGAUAGAAAGAAACUCCAAGCCAUGAAUAAAGAAUUGCAGAGACUUCAGACAGCCCAAAAAGAGCAAUCGAGGUUGCAGAAUCAGUCUCAGUAUGAAAAUGCAGCUGAAGAAACUCAGCAGGAUGUGAUGGAAAUGAAAAAAACAAAGGUUCGCCUAAUGAAGCAAAUGAAAGAAGAACAAGAGAAAGCCAGAUUGACAGAGUCUAGAAGAAACAGAGAAAUUGCUCAGUUGAAAAAAGAUCAGCGUAAAAGAGAUCAUCAACUUAGGCUCCUGGAAGCCCAAAAAAGAAACCAAGAAGUGGUUCUUCGUCGCAAAACUGAAGAGGUUACAGCUCUCCGUCGUCAAGUAAGGCCCAUGUCUGAUAAAGUGGCUGGGAAAGUCACUCGGAAGCUGAGCUCAUCCGAUGUCCCUGGUCAGGACCCAGGUUCCAGUGCAACUGGGGUGGAAGCAGAUGCAUCAAGGGCAGGCACCCAGCAGAAAGUGAAAAUUCCAGUGGCGCGAGUCCAGGCCUUACCAACACCUACCACAAAUGGAACCAGGAAAAAAUAUCAGAGGAUAGGACUGACUGGCCGGGUGUUCACCUCUAAGACAGCCCGCUUGAAGUGGCAGCUCCUUGAGCGCAGGGUCACCGACAUCAUCAUGCAGAAAAUGACCAUCUCCAACAUGGAGGCUGAUAUGAACAGACUCCUUAAGCAACGGGAAGAACUUACAAAAAGAAGAGAGAAACUUUCAAAACGAAGAGAGAAGAUAGUCAAGGAGAGUGGAGAGGGAGAUAAAAAUGUGGCUAACAUCAAUGAGGAGAUGGAGUCACUAACUGCUAACAUAGAUUACAUCAAUGACAGCAUUUCUGAUUGUCAAGCCAGCAUCAUGCAGAUGGAAGAAGCAAAGGAAGAAGGAGAGACAUUGGAUGUCACUGCCGUCAUUAAUGCUUGCACGCUUACAGAAGCCCGAUACCUGCUAGAUCACUUCUUGUCAAUGGGCAUUAAUAAGGGUCUUCAGGCUGCUCAGAAAGAGGCUCAAAUAAAAGUACUUGAAGGUCGACUCAAACAAACUGAAAUAACCAGUGCUACACAAAAUCAGCUCCUAUUCCAUAUGUUGAAAGAGAAAGCAGAAUUAAAUCCUGAGCUGGAUGCUUUACUAGGCCAUGCUUUACAAGAUCUAGAGCGUACCAUUAGAAAAUGUAGAGAUAGUACUGAUGAGGAUGCACCUUUACAAAGCCCAGGAUCAGAAGGAAGCACGCUGUCUUCAGACCUUAUGAAACUCUGUGGUGAAAUGAAGCCUAAGAGCAAGGCCCGAAGGAGAACCACAACUCAGAUGGAAUUGCUGUAUGCAGAUAGCAGUGAACUAGCUUCAGACACUAGUGCAGGAGAUGCCUCCUUGCCUGGCCCUCUUACACCUGUUGCAGAAGGGCAAGAGAUUGGAAUGAAUGCAGAGACAAGUGGUACUUCUGCUAGGGAAAAAGAGCUUCCUCCCCCAUCUGGCUUACCUUCUAAGAUAGGCAGCAUUUCCAGACAGUCAUCUCUGCCAGAAAAAAAAAUACCAGAGCCUUCCCCUGUAACAAGAAGAAAGGCAUAUGAGAAAUCAGAAAAAUCAAAGACCAAAGAGCAAAAACACUCAGAUUCUGGAACUUCAGAGGCUAGUCUCUCACCUCCUUCUUCCCCACCAAGCCGGCCCCGUAAUGAAUUGAAUGUCUUUAAUCGUCUUACUGUUUCUCAGGGGAGCACAUCAGUUCAGCAGGAUAAGUCUGAUGAAAGUGAUUCCUCUCUGUCGGAGGUACACAGCCGAUCUUCUAGAAGGGGUAUAAUCAACCCAUUUCCUGCUUCAAAAGGAAUCAGAGCAUCUCCACUUCAGUGUGUCCACAUAGCUGAAGGGCAUACAAAAGCCGUGCUCUGUGUGGAUUCCACUGACGAUCUCCUCUUCACUGGAUCAAAAGAUCGUACUUGUAAAGUAUGGAAUCUAGUGACUGGGCAGGAGAUAAUGUCCCUGGGGGGUCAUCCCAACAAUGUGGUAUCUGUAAAAUACUGUAAUUAUACCAGUUUGGUCUUCACUGUGUCAACAUCUUAUAUUAAGGUGUGGGAUAUCAGAGAUUCAGCAAAGUGCAUUCGAACCCUGACGUCUUCAGGCCAAGUUACUCUUGGAGAUGCUUGUUCUGCAAGUACCAGCCGGACAGUGGCUAUUCCUUCUGGAGAGAAUCAAAUCAAUCAAAUUGCACUGAAUCCAACUGGCACUUUCCUUUAUGCAGCUUCUGGAAAUGCCGUCAGAAUGUGGGAUCUUAAAAGGUUUCAGUCUACAGGAAAGUUAACAGGACACCUGGGCCCUGUUAUGUGCCUUACUGUAGAUGAGAUUUCCAAUGGACAAGAUCUAAUCAUCACUGGCUCUAAGGAUCAUUACAUCAAAAUGUUUGAUGUAACUGAAGGUGCUCUUGGAACUGUGAGUCCUACCCACAAUUUUGAGCCUCCUCAUUAUGACGGCAUAGAAGCAUUGACCAUUCAAGGGGAUAACCUAUUUAGUGGGUCCAGGGAUAAUGGAAUCAAAAAAUGGGACUUAGCUCAAAAAGACCUUCUUCAGCAAGUUCCAAAUGCACACAAGGAUUGGGUCUGUGCCCUGGGAGUGGUGCCGGGCCACCCUGUUUUGCUCAGUGGCUGCAGAGGGGGCAUUCUGAAACUCUGGAACAUGGAUACCUUUGUGCCAGUUGGAGAGAUGAAGGGUCAUGACAGUCCUAUCAAUGCCAUCUGUGUCAAUUCCACCCAUAUUUUUACUGCAGCCGAUGAUCGAACUGUGAAGAUUUGGAAGGCUCGAAAUUUGCAAGACGGUCAGAUCUCUGACACAGGAGAUCUGGGGGAAGAUAUUGCCAGUAAUUAAACACGAAUGAAGAUAAGUCAUGAACUGAAUACUGUGAUAAUGCUCUGUGUGUUCUUUAUUUAAAAUGUCCCACAUUUAUUAGACAAAAACUUAUGAAUGGGAUUGACUGGAAGAUAUAUCUGAAUCCAGCUGUUAAAUAUAAAUGGUAUUCUAGUAAAACUGUGUACUAUCCUGUGUGCUUAAUUCUAAUAUCUACCAAUACAUAUUUAUUCUACAAUUGAUAUAUUGCUUGAUUCGUAAUUUUAUUGUGGCUGGAGUUUUGUGCCUAGCUAUAAGAGGACACCUUCAAACUAUUUGAAUUACUUUUAUGACAGUUAGAAAACACACCUGGAAUACAGUGCACUUAUCU